AUGGCCAAGGGAUGUGAAGAAGAAGAAGAAGAAGAAGAAGAAGAAGAAGAAGAAGAAGAAGAAGAAGAAGAAGGGGGCAGAAAAGGCUCUGACGAAUUUAAUUCGCUCUAUGAGUUCUUGGAUUUAAGUUUGGCCACUGAGGUUAAGAAGGGACCGUUGUUAUUUGAGGUCUUGAAGGCCGCGAGGAUAUAUAGAGAGAGACUUGAUAGGAAGGAUGUUCUGGAAAGUAGUAGGCUGGAUGAGAGUAAGCCUGAGGAGAUAGAGGAACUGGAAGGUGGAGGUAAAGAAAAUCCUAUUGAUAGUGGUGAUGACCAUUUGGAAAUUUUGAGAGAAAAAACCAAGAUGAAGGAACUGGAGUUUAAAGCUCUCCAACUUAGAGCCGAUGAAAGGGCAAAAGAAAGAGAGCAUGAAAUUGAGGUGCUUAAAUUACAGAUUAAGUUGAAUCAGGGAAAGAAUGUAACCCGAUCUAGAGCUCGGGAGAUGGAUCUCGAGGAUGUUGACUUAGAUUUAUAUCAAAGUAGACAGACGACUGUACAUGAGGACUGGUCUGUAGAAGAGUCUGUAGUACCUAUUUCUGUAGUUAGUGUAGAAAAUGAACAGUUUAUAGGCGAUAAAUUUGCUGUUAGCCCAAGUGGUUUGGAAAAUAAUUCUGAUGAUAUUGGCAGGUCGGUCUUGCACCCGGGCAAGGAAAAUAUCGGCCUUUGUGACGGGUUGACGGCGGCCUCUAUGAAUGAGCCCCAAGCAACACCUGCUAACGCACGGGAGAAGACAGAAUAUGGCGGUCGACUCUUCUCUCAAAAUGGUCAUGGACGGAGACGUAGAGACAAAGAGGAAACUUUCACCACUGUUGAAGUGGGACCACUUAAUCGUCUUUAUGCAAGACCGGGAGAAGAAAGGCUCUGGAGGACGCGGAGAGACCUAGAAAAGGAGGAGGAGGAGGAGGAGGAGGAGGAGGAGGAGGAAGGAGUCAAAGAUGAAAGAACGCUAAAGCGCGAAGCCAGAGGAGCCGGGCACCAAAAUUAA